AUGAAAGAAGUUUACGGUGAUGAUGCACAGUCAUGCAAUAUAGUCAAGUAUUGGCAUUAUCAAUUCAAAUGUGGUCGGACAUCGGUGGAAACUGCUCCUAUUCAUGGACGACAACAUUCCGCCACUGAUGACAACACCAUCCAUAAAAUAGAAGCCGCGAUUUUAGAUGAUCGCCGCAUAACUAUUCGGACACUACCCCAAGAAGUGAAGACAAGUGUAGGGUCCGUGGAAAACAUCAUUCACGACCAUUUGCAAAUGCGGAAGUUGUCUGCACGAUGGAUUCCCCGGAUGCUCAUACAUUUUCAGAAGCAGGAACGAGUCAAUUACUCCCAGGCUCUUUUGGCAACGUGCCAAGAAAGUAAGGAGGACUUUUUCGGUAGACUUUUCAUGGAACCAUCAUUAUGA